GUCUGUUAGUUACUGCCUAUAGUUUGAUUAGCAAUGGAAGGGGACGGGAGCCAAGCCACAUCUGGAAGCCCUAAUGAUUCGCAACAUGACCCGGGUAAAAUGUUUAUCGGAGGACUCAGCUGGCAAACCUCACCAGACAGCCUUAGAGACUAUUUUAGUAAAUUCGGGGAAAUAAGAGAAUGUAUGGUGAUGAGAGAUCCUACGACUAAGCGCUCCAGAGGGUUUGGCUUCGUUACGUUUGCAGAUGCGGCAAGUGUAGAUAAAGUCUUAGCGCAACCACACCACGAAUUAGACUCAAAGACGAUUGACCCUAAAGUGGCCUUCCCUCGACGUGCCCAACCUAAGAUGGUCACGAGAACGAAGAAGAUCUUUGUGGGUGGACUGUCGGCCAACACAGUGGUGGAGGACGUGAAACAGUAUUUUGAACAGUUUGGAAAGGUAGAAGACGCCAUGCUUAUGUUCGAUAAGACUACUAACAGACAUAGAGGCUUUGGCUUUGUAACUUUUGAAAAUGAAGACGUCGUCGAGAAAGUCUGUGAAAUUCAUUUCCAUGAAAUCAAUAAUAAAAUGGUAGAAUGUAAGAAGGCCCAGCCGAAGGAGGUGAUGUUCCCGCCGGGCACACGUGGCAGGGCCAGGGGUCUGCCCUACACCAUGGACGCCUUCAUGUUAGGCAUGGGCAUGCUCAGUUACCCAAACAUCGUAGCCACGUACGGCCGAGGAUACACUGGCUUUGCCCCCAGCUACAGUUACCAGUUUCCCGGUUUCCCGGCGACGGCGUAUGGACCAGUGGCAGCGGCGGCGGUGGCGGCAGCGAGAGGCUCAGGUAGGGGGUCCCGUGGAAGAGGCGGCUACAUGGUGUACCCACAGAACACAGGGCCAGGCUUUCCCGAUUACGGGUUUUAUUCCGCGCCCAGUGACCAGCGGGCGGUGCCCUGCUCCUUUGCGGAUUAUGGCUCCCUGGGGCCCCAGGCCGCUCAGCUGCUCCAGGGCGAGCAUGCCACCUCCACCUGCACCUCCCCUCUACAGCACCUCCACAGCCCGGAUCAGUUUAAGAACCCAGGUGCUAAUCCCCCGCGGCCAGGAGGUUUCCCCGGCGCCAACAGUCCCGGCCCGGUCGCCGACCUGUACGGACCCAACAGUCAGGACUCUGCCGUGGGGAACUACAUCAGCGCCACAAGCCCUCAGCCUGGCUCUGGCUUCAGCCACAGCAUCGCUCAGAGUCUAUCUGGAGGUCCUGGGAAGGCGGGCCGAAGCUUCUGAUUGGUUGGUGUACAGCUGAUGUCAUAAGACCUCAAGCACUACAGCUUCUCAUUGGUCAACGACAGGAGGUGGCACCACACAGAGAACAAGACAGAAAUGCUACGAUCAUCUCAGAAAAAAAAAAAAAACAAACAAACAAAAAC